CUUGUUGGACGAGGUGCGUACUUCAUCGUUGUAUGAAAGGGGCGGGAGGAGAAGGACGGGGUUUGGAGCUUUUCGUUCCUGAAAGUCGAUCAGUGGCAAGUUUCUUUCAGUAGUUGUGAGCCAUUAGUCAAUCGUGUGGGUGUGAAUAGGACGUCUGGCUCCACUUCAAUUUAAGGGUUGGAGUUUGAACAACUGCUUUAUGAAGUGUCUCGCCACUGGAUGCAUUAAAACAUACGGGAGAUGUUGGUGUGAGCAACUCUUGAUACAGAAUGCAAGAUGGGUAACUCAGACAGCCAGUACAAUCUGCAAGGAACUAAAGGUAACAUUGAGGGGAAGUCGAUGCCUGUUGGCAGGCAGAAGUCAUGUGCUCUGAAAAUUCGAAGUGUUCACACCAAUGAAGAAAAGUCACGCUCUUCUUUUGGCUGGGGCUAUAGUGGCAGCAACAUAGGUUACAAAGCAAGAUCUCUGGGCAAAAAUUGCCUUUCUCAGCACAAAAGCAACCAACGAUACACUUUCAAUAGUUCUUCACGUCAAAACGAGUCAACGAUGGGUAGUAGCAAAGCAUAUACCAGGUGUCAUCAGGGUCACAUGGGGAAAUAUGGGAAUGAUAAAUUAUCUGCAAACAAUUUUGGUUGCUUUUAUCUUAACAAAACAGACAAUCAUACUAAAGCUCCAGAGUACAAUGACUUUGUCUUAAAUGGACACAGGAUAGCUGAAAAUAUAACUCCAUUCAAGAAACCAGAAGGAGAAAGCAGUCCAAAGGUUCUUAUCAAAACUCUGGGAAAAUUUGAUGGGGACAUAAGGGUUGAGUUUCAUAGUGGCAAUGGUGAUGCUGGCAGCAAAGCACCCUGUGAAUCCCAUGGGCCAGUUCAACUUUUGAGAUAUUCUCUUGCAAUGGAAUCAAGUAAACAAAAUGAUGUACAAAUUGAUGGUAGUAAAGGAAACCUCAUGGACCAGAGUGCUUUGCUUGGUGAGGAGCGAUUAAAAUCAAGCAAAGGCAGCUCGAUCAGCUCUGAGUAUUCUUGGCCAGAGUUGCCUUGGGGACACAAUGCAUACACCAGCGAUUAUGAUAAAAUGCACAUAAUUGAGAAAGCUACAGAGGCAAGUAAUCUUGAAAGCAUUUUACCAAAUAAUGGCCAUCUCUUCCAAAGAUCAUCUGUCUCUUCUUUGCAAAUGGUAUACAAUGAUGCUGCUGUAGGACUUUCCAUACCCUCAGGGAAUGAAUUUUCAGAUGGCUACAGAAACCUGGCUUUUAAUCCUCACAAUUUGUUUGAGAGUACAUUUUCUAACUGCAUGAGUGCUCUAUCUGAUGAAGAGGGUAGAGGAAGCACACAAUAUACCUAUUAUACACUUCCGUGUCGAAAGCCCAAGCACCUGUCUGAGGAUGGCUCUUCAAGAGUUGCUCUAAAAGGUCGAAUGCGGCGUUUAAGUGCUUGGACUGGCAGCCUGACAAGAAAGAAGCGGAAACUACAGGACUCAAAAUCCAAGGAAAUAAGUGAAUAUUGUGAUAGUGGAAUUGAUGGCGUUACUGCAGACACAAGUUCUCCUUCCCAGGUGUCAAGUUUACUGUGGUCACCUGGCUUCAGCUAUACAUUGCCACCGAGAAGUAACUCUACCAAUGCAGUCGGUAAUGACGUCUUGAGACAGAGCAUUUAUGAAAACUUCAUGCGAGAGUUGGAAAUGGGUCAUAUGGAAAAUGCAGACCAGUCUACAGGAAGUGAGGAAACCAGCACUGAUUCCUUCAGCUCUUUAGAACAAUUGGAUUUAUUGUAUGAAAAAGAACAGGGGUUUGUGCGAAAGGCUGGCUGGUUAUCUUUUAAACCUCUUAUUACACAUCAGAAGGAGAGAAAAUUGGAACUUGCACCCUGCCGAAAGUGGAAACAGUAUUGGAUUUCUCUUAAAGGUUGCACCCUACUAUUUUAUGAAACCAGUGGGAAAAACCUCAUGGAGCAGAACAGCGUCCCCAGAUAUGCUUUAUUUGCCGAAGAUAGCAUAGUGCAGCCUGUACCAGAACACCCCAAGAAGGAAAAUGUGUUCUGUCUCAGUAAUGCUUUUGGGGAUGUUGUCUUAUUUCAGGCUACAAGCCAGACUGAUCUCGAAAACUGGGUUACAGCAAUACAUUCUGCCUGUGCAUCAGUGUUUGCAAAGCAACAUGGGAAAGAAGAUACAGUCAAGCUACUAAAAAAUGAAACCAAAAACUUCAUGCAGAAGAUCGAUAUGGAUGGAAAAAUGAAGAAAAUGGCUGAGUUACAGCUGUCUAUUGUAAAUGAUCCCAAAAACAGAAAAGCUAUUGAAAAUCAGAUUCAGCAGUGGGAGCAUAAUCUGGAGAAAUUUAAUGUGGAUCUGUUCCGAAUGCGUUGUUACCUGGCGAGCCUACAGGGAGGUGAGCUACCAAAUCCUAAGAGUCUCCUUGCAGCUGCCAGUCGGCCCUCUAAAUUGGCACUUAGCAGACUGGGGAUCUUCUCCGUCUCAUCAUUUCAUGCUCUGAAUUGUUCCAGAGAUGAAGCAACACUUCGAAAAAGAACGUUGUCCCUGUCUCAACGAUUAAGAAGUAAAAAGGGUUUGUUCUCUUCACUGAAGGGGUUAGACGAUCUUGGAAGGAAAGGAAAAGAAAAGAGACCCCUGAUUAUACAGCAUGAGCAAGAAGGAUCUUUGAACAUCCACUUUCCAGCACCAGAGGGUACAAUCUGGGACAGCUCUUUAGAGUCGACUGUUCGUGUCUGCUUUCCUGAUAACCAAGUAGUGAGCAUGGCUAUUAAACCGGACCAUACAGUGGGAGAUGUACUACUUACGGCAUGCAAGAUGAGACAACUGGAUCCAAUUCAUCACUGUGUUCGUCUUAAAAGAAUGGAGUACAAUAAUGUGGAAUAUUAUGUUCCUAACAGUUUGGACUAUAUACAGGAACAGUUAUUUGAUGAAAUAGAAAUCACCAUGAUGAAUAUUUACCACUUAAACCUUGAGAGGAAUGGAUCUGGAACCGCCUUUGGUUUUGCAGUUGCUGGACAGGUUGAUGGAAAGCAGCACAAUAAUUCUUUGUUUGUGAGUGAUGUUCUUCCUGAUGGUCUCGCCUAUAGAGAAGGUGCAAGAGUGGGAGAUGAGAUCUUGAUUAUAAAUGGUGAAAUGGUUGCAAAUCUACACCAUGCACAAAUUGAAUCGUUAUUUGCAGAGAACCACUUAAUACUGACUAUCAGAAGGUUCUCAUUAGAUUGCAACCAAAUGCCAACAGACUACAGCGAUUCACUAAACCACAUGAUGUCCCCACCUCCUUCUGACCAAUCAAAAUUGCUGGUUGAGUUUAUUGACAACCUUCUUCCUGUCCCUUCUGAUUUCACUAGUGUGCCAGAUGUGCCGGCUCUAACAAGAAGUAUCCCAACAGACUUUGUGGAGUCAUUGCAUCAGGAUGAAAAUACUGAAUCAUUUUUAAAGAGUGCAGAACAGGUUUCAACAUUCUGUCGUAGCUUACAUGAGUUGCAAUUAUCUAAUAUGGAUGGACAGAAGGAGAACAUUGAUCAAGACCUAAGGCCAUUAGCACGGCAUCUCUCUGAUGCAGAGAGACUUCGGAAAGUUAUCCAUGAACUCCUAGACACAGAGAAGUCCUAUGUGAAGGAUCUGAAUUGUCUGUUUGAAGUAUACCUGGAUCCCCUACAAAAUGAGACUUUCUUAACACAGGAUGAGAUGGAGUCAUUGUUUGGAAGUUUGCCAGAAAUGCUCCAGUUUCAGAAGAUGUUUCUGCAGACACUUGAUGAUGGUGUUGCCUUAUCGCCUGAUUUUAGCAAGCUGGAGACUCCAUCUCAAUUUAAAAAGCUCUUGUUUUCCCUGGGAGGUUCAUUCCUCUAUUAUGCUGACCACUUCAAACUCUACAGUGGCUUUUGUGCAAACCACAGAAAGGCUCAGAAAGUUUUGGAAAGAGCUAAAACUUACAAAGCCUUCAAAGAAUUCUUGGAUGCCCGGAAUCCAACAAAACAGCAUUCUUUUACCCUGGAGUCUUAUCUGAUCAAGCCUGUUCAACGUGUUCUGAAAUAUCCGCUACUGCUGAAAGAGCUAGUGUCUCUAACUGAUCCAGAGAGUGAGGAGCAUUAUCAUCUAACAGAAGCUCUAAAGGCAAUGGAGAAAGUGGCCAGUCAUAUUAAUGAGAUGCAAAAAAUCUAUGACGACUAUGGCACAGUAUUUGACCAGUUGGUUGCAGAACAGCCGGGAACUAAAAAAGAGGUCACAGAGCUUUCAAUGGGUGAGCUAUUAUUAUACUCUUCAGUUACCUGGUUAAAUCCAUUCCCGUCCCUGAGUCGAAUGAGGAAAGAUCCUGAACUGACAGCCUUUGUUUUUAAGCGAGCUGUCAUUCUGGUGUAUAAGGAGCUCUACAAAUUUAAAAAGAAAACCGGAACAGUACCACGCUCAGCUUACAUCCAUGGUGAUAUCGAUCAGUUUAAAUUCAGAUGGCUGAUUCCACUGUCAGCUCUUCAGGUCAGGUUGGGAAAUGCUGCAGGGACAGAUACCAACUGCAUCUGGGAAUUAAUCCACACUAAAUCUGAAUUAGAAGGACGGCCUGAAACAAUUUUUCAGUUGUGUAGCAGUGAUCCCGAGAGUAAAACAAACAUAAUUAAAGUGAUACGUUCAAUUCUGAGAGAGAAUGUUCGCCGCAAUAUGACCAAGUCAGAAGUGCCAUUCGAGAAACUGAAUAAAGAUCAUAUAAUUCCUCUGAGAAACAGACUGCCAUCCUCUGCUAAAAUUGCAUCAACACGAGCAUCAAAGUUGUUCAAACAUUCUCCAUCUUAUUGGAGUCAGGACUCUGGGAGGUGUAAUGCUAUUGAUUCUGACGAAUGUAGCCUGAGCAGUGGAACACACAGCAGUGGCUGCCAUACCUCAGAGAGUGGACUAGAACACAGUAGUCUUUCGUAUCCAAAGCAAGAACACAGUAGUGCAGAGGAACAACAGGAAGAUGAAGUAAAAGAAUCAGACAUUUUGAGUGAUGCUGAAGAUUGCUGCAAAUCAAAGGAUGAGACUUUGGCAAAUGAAAUCAAAGAACAAUUUGAAAAAUUGCAAAUUGGUGUUGAUAAAGUGGAUGUAGAGCAGGCAUCAAAUAAUAACCAUCUGGAUACAGAAGAGGUGGAACAAACACAUGGUCACCCCAGGCUUGUGCGAGGCCACUUCUGUCCAAUCAAAAGAAAAAGUACCAGUUCAAAGAAAAAAAAAGGAAGUCUGUUGCCCAUGCACAACCGAUCUCUAGAUAGUCAAUCUGAUGGGCCAAAUGUUGACUUGAAUUCUGUUUUGGAGAGAGAGUUUAGUGUCCAGAGCCUAACUUCUGUAGUUAAUGAAGACUGCUUCUAUGAAAACAUUGAAAGUAACUGAGAGCCUUAGAUUCAGCAUCUCAAAUGAGUGCUGCUGUGCAUACAAUGAUCAGGAAUUGUAGUUAGUUUGUUGACUUGUCUUUAUUUUAAAUCUCCAAGUUAUACUGUUUUGGUCAGUUUUCAAUUUUGGAAGUAAAUAUUAAGUUUUCUAAAGAAAAGGAAUGUUUAGUUUGCCUUACUGCUGUCUACACUAAGACCACAGCCUCAAAAAUAUAGACUUAAUACUUGUUUUCGUUAAAGAAAAUAAUUAGCAUAUUAGCCAAUAGUUUGUUGUGUCAAAUAAAAUUGUUUAGUUUCUACAAUACACUAAUUUUGUAUUGGAAUUAAGGCAGGUAUUGAACAGCUAAAGUAAUAUUUUCAGGAAGGUUAAAUUGAUUAUUUUAAAGCUAUAAAUCUUAAUUUUAUUUAUGGAUGGAAAAUAUUGGUUUACAUUAUAGCAUCAAGAUAAUGGAAUUUAUUCCAUUGUGUCUGGUUUAAGUUUUUAGAAAGCAAAGUAUGGCACUGUUUUCUUUUAUCCGUUUGCCAAGACAAACCUCUGGUGCCCUGACACAAAGAGUCAACAUAUUUAAGUUUUCAGCACUACAGCUUUCGUAGGAGCUGUAGUAAUGCAUGUGCCUCUUCAUGCUCACAUUCUUAAAGGUGUCUUUUCGCUUUGUACAUAAACUUUGGAGGUUGUGUAUAUUGUAAUUUUAUGAAAACUGCAUUGUAAAACUAGUUUUAACUGGUUAUAUUUUGUAUCCUUUCGAAUGACUACUUGA